UGUCAUUUGUCAAUUGUCAGUAACGUCAUAGAACAGGUGCGCAAAUUUGCACGUUUAUUUGUAAACCAAAUAACCUUAAUUACAAUAAAAAAAGAAAGAAAAACACACACAAACUUUCCAAAAUGGGGAAGAAAAAUAAAGAUUCCCUUGGACGUUCUUUGAUCAAAGACAGAUUUUCUAAAAAUCGACAUCGACGUCAUGUAGAAGAUAAUACUAUGUUGCACACAACAGAAGUUAAUGAUGGAUACGAAUGGGGUAGGCUCAACUUGCAAUCAGUCACAGCAGAAUCUUCUCUACAAGAAUUCUUGUCAACAGCGGAAUUAGCUAAUCGAGAAUUUAUCGCAGAGAAGCUCAAUGUGAAAUAUGUCAAGUCCGCACCGAGUGCUGUGGAACUGCAAACUUCACAACCUGAUUUUGAUGAGCCAUUAACAGUACCAAGAAGACCACCAUGGCGACCAGGUAUUACACCCGAAGAACAAAUAAACAGGGAGAAAGACUCCUUCCUGGACUGGAGGCGUCACCUCAACGAAUUGCAGGCAAAGCUUGGAGCAGCUGUCACACCGUAUGAACGGAAUAUAGAGUUAUGGAAACAAUUGUGGAGGACACUGGAGAAAUCUGAUGUGGUACUGCUUUUGUUGGAUGCAAGGAAUCCAUUGCUUUUCAGAUGUUUAGAUCUAGAAAAGUAUGCAACUGAACAACAUUGUAAGAUUAUUCUUUUAUUAAAUAAAGCAGAUUUGACUACAGAAUAUGUUCGAAAAUGUUGGGCUGAAUACUUCACAAAAGAGAACAUAUCCAUAAUAUUUUUCUCUGCAGCAAAAACUACAAAAGAAAGGAAAAUAUCAGAAGAGAAAAUAGAACAAACAGAUACUAAUAUUGACUCUGGCACAGAAUCAAUAUCUGAUGAUGAUGAUGAUCAUGAUGAUGUGUCUGAUGAAAAAAUAAAACCAGAUGAAAUAAAACAAACAGAAGAUGACAUAGAAACAUUCAAAAAACAUUUAGGAAUUAUUAAUGAGGCAGUUACAAGCACAGCUAAUAAAUUAGACGCAAUUCAAAUAGCACUAGAAAAAGUUCUAGAAAAUUUAAGAUUAGGGAAGCCUAUAGAGUCCCUUGAAGUGAAAACAGUUGAAAAUAAUAAUCUAGAAAGUUGUAGCAGUGAAGAUAGUGCCGAGAGUAUCAGCAAAGUUUGCAAUUCACAUGAAAUAUUUGGGAGGGAUAAGUUAGUUGAAGUUUUGAAGGGGAUUAAAGUGGACAAAUUGAAGAAUCCUCCCAGAUUGACAGUGGGCAUGAUUGGUUAUCCUAAUGUGGGAAAAUCUAGUACUGUCAAUGUGUUAAUGCAGACUAAAAAAGUUAGUGUGAGUUCAAUGCCGGGGCACACAAGGCACAUACAAUCACUAAUCCUAGAUGAUGAUAUAGAGUUGUUAGACUGUCCCGGCCUAGUGCUGCCAGCAUAUGCUGUGGCUCCUGAUUUAUUUCUGACAGCUGUGUUACCAAUUGACCAGAUGCGUGCUCAUGACGCGGCAAUGGCGCGCCUCUGUCAAUUGGUCAGUAGACACACAUUCGAAGAGAAAUACGGACUGCUUUUGCCAGAAAAUGAUGCUACUGAUCUUGAAUAUAAGAUGAUCCUAACUGCACACGCUUUCAACAGAGGCUUCAUGACGGCAGCGGGUCAGCCGGACCAGUCCAGAUCGGCCAGGCUAUUGCUGAAAGACGCGGCAAGUGGCCGCCUGCACUGGGAACAAUUGCCGCCUGGCUUCCAACCGGCAUCUGUUGAGACGUUGAUUGAGGACAAGAGGAAUGAGAUGAGGAAACCUACUCCGAGAGAGGCUAGAGCUGUUGAGGGUUGGUUGAACAAAUCUUCUGAAAUUGACAACGCAUUCUUCGCCAUGCAGAAAAGCGCGCCACAAGUCAAAGGGAAACCUAUUUUGGGAAUUACUGGAACACGGACCACCAGCAAUCUGCUCGACAAGCCCUGGAAGCAAGAAAAACGGCACGCCAAUAAAAAUAAGAGAGAAAAAUUGAGACGUUUAUAUUCGCAUUUGGAUGAACAUUAAUAUUCGAUACAGAUUAUAAAUAUCACCCAUAAAAAUGUAUCCGUGUUGUAUCUGUAUAUAACAAGUAAAAAUAAAAUAUAUUGAAAGC